UCAUCACUCACGCCAUAUCCAAGAUGAAGCGAGCGCAUAAUCCUCCAAAGGCGGCGCAUAAAGCGCACAAGCGCCAGAAGCUCGAAACCGUCCCCAAGCCCUCGACGAAGAAGCAAAAGCGCAAGGUCCAAUUAAACGACCUAGGAUGGAAGACCGUAGGCAUGCCAGACCGUCUGGAGGACACCGAAGGCUUCUAUGGCUUGGAGGAGAUUGAUGACGUGGAAGUGAUCAAGGACGCGACGACCGGCAACAUCACCUUCCAGACCACAAAGACAGAGGACGAGGUUGCGAAAGACGUGGAAGCUGCUUGGAAACGAGAGGAAGAGGAAGCUGCGCGUCUGGAGAAGAUGAUUGGUCAGGAAGGGAAGGAGCUCCCAGUGGAAGACGAGGAAGCGGUAGAGGAGGAAGAGAAUGCCGAGGAAGUCACACCUGGGCAGAACGAGGCUGAGAGCGACAACGAGUCUUUUGCAGGGUUUAGCGACGAAGAGGAGCCAGCGAAGAACGGCGGCAUCGAAAUCGAAGACCUCGACCCCAAUAGCGCGGUAGAAGACGGGCGAUCAUUGAAGAAAGACAAGGCCGAGAGCAAGCCGGAGAAAGCAAAGACAAAGAAGGAGAAGAAGGCAGAGGCGAGGGCAAGGAGAGAAGAGGAAAAGAGGCUUAAGCAGAACACUGCAGCCAACGCCGGCACUAGUACGGAAACAAACCCAGACUAUGUUGAAGAAGAAGGCGUGGAAGCCACGGAAGACUUCGAGAUCUCUGGCGAAGGAGCGUUCGACAUCCUGCUGAACCAGCAGGUCGACGAUGACGAGGAAAUUGAUACAUCAGCGUGGGAGGAACUCGGUUUGUCUGAGAAGGUGAUUGGCGCGCUCGCAGGGCUGAAGUUCUCCAAGCCCAGCUCCAUCCAGGCUUCAGCGAUACAAGAGAUCAUGGCUGGCAGGGACCUCAUCGGCAAAGCCUCCACAGGUUCAGGAAAGACACUCGCUUUUGGUAUCCCAAUUGUCGAGCGCUACCUCGCCACUCGACCUGCACCGAAAGAUAAAGAUCUGAAGACACCAACCGUGCCUACUGCGUUGAUCGUUGCGCCGACCCGAGAACUUGCCCAUCAGAUCACAGCACAUUUGACUGACCUCUGCGUCAAGGGUGACUUCGACGCACCGUCAAUUGCGACAAUCACUGGUGGCCUGUCUGUACAGAAGCAGCGCCGUCAGCUUGAAAAGGCAGAUAUUGUUGUGGGUACCCCUGGACGCUUAUGGGAGGUUAUCAGCAGUGGCCAGGGCCUGUUGCGCUCCCUCAAGCAAGUCAAGUUUCUGGUUCUGGAUGAAGCAGAUCGUCUUUUGAGUCAAGGUCAUUAUCAAGAGCUUGGAGAGAUCCUCAAAGUCCUCGAUAGGGUCGACGAUGAAGAAGACGAAGAAGAGCCGACACCAGAAGUCGAACGCCAAACCCUCGUCUUCUCCGCCACUUUCCAGAAGGGCCUUCAACAGAAGCUUGCCGGCAAAGUGAAAUUUGGCAACGGCACCGGAGACAUUAUGAACAAAGCCGAUUCUAUGGAGUAUCUUCUCAAGAAGCUCAACUUCCGCGAAGAGCAACCACGCUUCAUCGACGCAAACCCCGAAUCCCAAAUGGCUAGCAAACUCCGCGAAGGCCUGAUCGAAUGUGCCGGACCAGAAAAGGACCUCUACCUCUACUCCCUCUUGCUCUUCCACCCCAACAAGCGCGCCCUUAUCUUCACAAACUCCAUCUCCGCCGUCCGCCGUCUAACCCCCUUCCUGACCAACCUUAACCUCCCCGCACUCCCUCUGCACUCAAGCAUGAUCCAAAAAGCGCGUCUCCGCUCCAUCGAGCGCUUCAAAGAGCGUCCCGGCUCCAUCCUUGUCGCCACCGACGUCGCAGCCCGCGGUCUCGACAUCCCUAAAGUCGAUCUCGUGAUCCACUACCAUCUCCCGCGUGCAGCAGACACCUACGUGCACCGCUCGGGCCGCACAGCGCGCGCCGACGCCUCCGGAUCCAGCAUCAUCAUCUGCGCGCCCGAAGAAGUCGCUGGCGUGCGCCGGCUCGUCGCGAAGGUGCACGCCCGCGCCGAGUCGGCCAAGGAGCAAACGAACAAGAAACGCGCGUACUUCAUCCGCACACUGGAUAUCGACCGGCGCAUUGUUUCGCGGCUUAAGCCGCGCGCUACGCUGUCGAAGAAGUUGGCUGAUACGGUCAUUGCGAAGGAGAAGAAGAAUAGCACAGAUGAUAUGUUCAUGCAAGCCGCCGAGGACCUAGGUAUCGACUACGAUAGUGAGGAGUUUGAGAAGGAAGCCAAGGGUAAGAAGGGGAGGGGAAGUGGAAGAAAGAAGAAAGAGAAGAACGCGAGUGAAAUGACGAAAGCGGAGUUCACGGCGAUUAGACAUGAGCUUAAGGGCUUGCUGGCUGAGCGCAUUAAUACUGGUGUCUCGGCGCGCUACCUGACCAGUGGUGGUAUCGAUGUUGAAGCGCUAAUGAAGGGUGAAGGGAAUACGGGGUUCCUGGGCGCUGUUGAUGGUUUGGGCUUUGACGACGAUGAAGAGGAGGAAGAUGAAGAAGAUGAGGGUGCUGGUGAAACUUCUGGGGCACCGAAGGUUGAAAAGAAAACGGAGGAGAAGACGAAGAAGAAGCAGAAGAGUCGGAAGAGAAAUGCUGAUGGGACGAAGAAGAAGUGGAUCCACCAUUAG